AUGGCAGGCUUCAACGCAGUCCUCUUGAUCACAGGAGCCUGGCACGUCCCUGAGCACUACAAAAAGCUCAUUCAUGAGCUGGAGAGACAUGGUAUAAGAGUCAUCUGUGAGCGCCUUCCAACAAACAAUAACGCUGUGCCGCCAAACAAAACAAUCCAAGAUGACAUCGACUUCAUCAAAGACAUCGUCUCCAAAGAGGCUGCUGCAGGCACGCAUCUCACUGUCAUUGGUCAUUCGUGGGGAGGCAUGCUUGCUUCUGCAGCUUUGGCGAGCUUUGCUGUUUCGCCUGAGUCAAAAGAAGGGGGUGUCACUGAUAUGAUCUUCAUCGCCGCCUUUGUUCCUUCGGAAAAUGAUUCAUUGGCCGGCCUCUUCGGUGGAAAGCUGCCUCCUGCGCUUGUUCCUAAAUCUGAUGGGACUCUUGUGCCGACUGAUCCCAUUCAUCUUUUCUACAAUGAUCUGCCGGAGGAGGAAGCUCAAUGGGCCAAGAAUACAAUGGUUGCCCAUGGUACGGAUGUUCAAUACGCUCCUAUCAAUUGCGAGAAAGUGGCAUGGCAUGUUGUUCCACUGACGUACAUCAUUUGUGAAGAGGAUCAAGGAUUGCUCAGCUUUUUGCAGGAGGGUAUGAUUGAGAAGGUUGAAGAACAGGGGGUCAUCGUUCAGAAGUAUCGGUUGCCUUCCUCUCAUAGCCCUUUCCUGAGUAUGCCCAAAAAGCUUGCCUACAUCGUGUUGGAGGUCAUGAACUCACGAUAA